GCGCAGCUGUGUGCGCAGAUGACAUCACCACGCCAAUAUGGCUGGACGGCAUCGGCUGUCUGCAGCGCGACUGUGAAAACGGGCUGCCCGGGGGUACCGAGGGAAGUCCAGGGGAAAUAUGUCGGACUACCUGAGGUCCGCGCUCGGUUACCUGAACGGCGGUACCGGCGGCAACGAGUACGUCGGUCAGACUUUGGAGAUCAACAAUGUGAGGCUGAGAGUGACACGACUGAUCGCUGAGGGUGGAUGGGCAUUGGUGUUUGCAGUAGAAGAUGUUGCCACAGGAAAAGAAUAUGCACUUAAGAGGCUUAUCGCGGCCGACGAGGAGGCGAAUAAAACUAUUAUACAGGAGAUAGAAACGUUGAAGAGGCUGUCAGGUCAUCCAAAUAUUAUACAGUAUUUGCAUGCGCAACGACUGGAGCGAGAGAAUCACAAGGGUUACGAAUACCUGGUUGUCACCGAACUAUGUCCAGGCGGUACUGUGGCCGAUAUACUCAGGAGCGUGUCCGCGAACACGCUGACUCUCGCCCAGGUGUGCAAGAUUGCCUAUCAAGCGACUAGAGCGGUGCACCAUAUGCACAGUCAGCAGCCGGAACCGUUCGUGCAUCGGGAUAUUAAGUUAGAAAACUUCUUACUCGGGAGAGACGGCCUUGUGAAACUUUGUGACUUCGGUAGCGCCUCGACUCAACAGAUACUACCGCAUCCGUCAUGGAACGCUCAAAAACGCGCCACUCUGGAGGACCAGAUGGCCAAGUGCACAACCCCCAUGUACCGCGCCCCAGAGAUUAUGGACACGUGGAAUAAUGAACCUAUAGGGCCUCCUGUGGACUGUUGGGCUCUAGGAUGUAUUCUGUAUGCUUUAAUCACACUGCGACAUCCUUUUCCGGAAGGUAACAAGCUAGCGAUUGUGAACGGCAAGUAUCCAUCGUUACCGCCCAAUCCACGGUACGCGUGUCUACACGAUCUAGUGAAAGGAUGCCUGCAAGUGUCGCCCAUCCAGAGGCUGACGACAGCGACGCUCCUGGAACGUCUUGCGGCGAUUGCCGAGUCGAACAACUUUGAUCCGAGAGAACCACCGCGGAUUGAAGUCGCAAUCAAACCGUCACCACCGCCACGUCCGACACCGCCGCAGCCGACGAGUACGCCGGCUCCACCACCCCGUCCUAAUCCUCCAGCAGCGAUGCCACCCCCGCGACCGGUGCCCGUGCAGACAGCGGUGUCCAAAUUGCCACCGGUUCAAGGGACAGGCCUAUUCAACUCGAUCAAAGGCGGUGCCGGCAGCAUUCUGCGCAACCUCAAAGAUACCUCCAGCAAAGUGAUGCACACCGUUCAGCAGAGCAUGGCCAGGACUGAGCUAGACGCGAGUUACUUGACGUCACGCAUACUCAUUAUGCCGUACCCGGCCGACGGGAUUGAAUCUGCCUAUCGAGCGAAUCACGUGGAAGACGUGAGAGCUUUCCUGCAAGCCAGGCAUCCUCCGCCGGCCAAGAUACAGCUGUAUAAUCUGUCUCGCGGCCGGCCGAACGUCUCACGGCUUCCCGGCAGACACGUCGACUGCUCAUUCGCCUACGCCACUUCGGAAUCGAACGCCCCCAUGUUGUUCGCCUUGUACCAGAUCUGCCAGGAUAUCUAUCAGUAUCUGAACGCUGACUUCAAUCACGUGGUGGUGUUAUACUGUACCGAUGGGUUUCGCGCCAGCGCCACAAUAGCGUGCACUCUACUGAUUCACUGCGGCGCCUUGACCACUAGCGACGAGGCAAUCUCGCUAUUUACAACUAGACGUUGCCAGUCGCCGCAUCUACAGCCCUCGGAAUUGCGUAGCAUCAAUUACAUGAGCCUAUUGAGCAACGGUACACAUCCGCAUACCAAGCCGUUGAUCCUUCGCUCUAUCGUUAUACAGCCGGUCCCACUCUUUACCAGAGCUAGGGACGGUUGUCGACCAUACAUCGAAAUCUACAGCAAUGGUGCGUUGAUCUUCACGACGAAGAAGCCCAACUACGAAGAGAUGAAACUCUUUGGAAUGAUGGAGGGCAAAGUCUGCUUGAUACUUGGUGACGCGGCCGUGCGAGGCGACGUCACCAUAGUAGUAUACCACGCCAGGCAGCAACUCGGCCGCGUGAUCGGCAUCAAAAUCGCCUCGCUGCACUUCCAUACCGGCUACGUGCCCAUCACCGAGAGCACGUUGGCGUUCGAGAAGCGUGACUUGGACGAUGCACCUGAUAUCGGCGGCAAGUUUCGCGUGAUGCUGAAUGUUAUGAUAGGUGAAGAGAACUCAAAACUAUCGAGGAUACCGGCACCGUGGGAGGCGGAGACAUGCGUCAAGCCUGUGCCGGAUCCGUUGUUUGGCUCAACGUUGGAGAUGGAAGAAACCUUAGAGAACUUUAGAACUUCCACUUCAGAAGAGAUCAAAAACAAACCACCAGUAUUGUCGAACGAGACCGACACUGUCCCGCAGCAUGAGGUACCUCAAGAAGUGGAGAAUCCGAAGGAAGAAGAAGAAGCAGCAACAACAGUAAAUAAUGAGGAAAAUAGCUUUCAAGAAGCUGAUUUGCUGAACCUCGGUAUGCCGGACAGCACCAGCAGUAAUACCUCAAAUACUCCCACCGCAGCCGCGGCUAAUCCAGAAUUAGAUAUAUUCUCUACUUCUAGUCAAAAUGAAAGCGAUCUCUUAGGCGGGUUUGGUCUGUCGACGACGCAGGCCGAGACCGCCAACUCGAUACCUUUAAUCAACAAUAGCGCUCACGGUGACUUAUUGUUCGGGCACGACGACUCCGCGAAGAACAAAUCUGUCAACAAUAACAGCAAUCUGAACAUGAGUGAUUUAUUUUUCGGGCAAAAUCAAACGUCCAACGUUAAGGAGGUUAACGAUUUUCUUUUUGACCCGUUGGGCGGUAACUCAGCGAGCAAUCUCAUCGGCGGCCUCUCAACGUCAGGCUCUAAGCCAAACAACUUGAAGAGUCCGAGUUCCGAGGAGAACUUCCCGCGGAACGCCAGCGUGCCGAACUUCGCCGCACAGAACAAGGAUCCUUUUGCGAAUCUCGCGGGAUCACUAGGCGCCGGUUUAACAUCCAGCUGGAACGGCACGCCGAAGAACUCGAACACGCCGCAGUCGGCGAGUCCAGCGCCCGCGAGCACGCCUAUUCACUCCAGUCCGAACAUGCACAAAUCCAAUAUCACGACCGCUGCUACUACUACUUCGACUACUUCUACUACUACUACUACUAACGCCAACAACGACGCAACUAGCAACGCGGACGUGUUUGGCAACAGAACGACAAAGGAGAAGUCGAGUGGCGAUGCGUUCGAGGAUCUACUCGGUAGUCAGGGAUAUAAUUUCUUCAGCUCGCGCAAAGCCGAAAAGGAUAGUCCGAAGACAAUAAAUCAGAUGCGGAAGGUGGAAGCAGCUAAGACGAUGGAUCCCGACCGGAUGAAGAUUGCGGAGUGGACUGAGGGCAAGAAGGGUAACCUGCGCGCUCUACUAUGUUCCCUGCACACGGUUCUUUGGCCGGAGGCUGAUCGGUGGCAGCGUUGCGAGAUGCAUCAAUUGGUAACGGCCGCAGAUGUUAAGAAAGCGUAUAGGAGAGCCUGUCUAGCUGUGCAUCCGGAUAAGCAAGCGGGCACGGCGAACGAGAAUAUAGCCAAGUUGAUCUUCAUGGAGCUGAACAACGCGUGGAGCACGUUCGAGAACGACGCGUCUCAGCAAAAUCUAUUUAGCUAAUUUUAAUAAGCGUUAUCUGUUAUCGAGAACCUGUCUCUGUAAUUAAUUUAGUUCCUAGCGGAAGGGGAGCUAAGAAGGGGGAGGGGGGUCUUGUUAUCGUGAGAUAACCACGCAACUGCAUUCCGACUACGUUAUUUUAGCUAUUAGAGAAAGAACGGGGAAAGUGUAAUCGUCAGAAGCGACGACGAGAUGGAAGCAGCGUUUCGUGGAAGCAUCUCUUUAUCGUUUCAACGCCUUGUAAACCUAGUUAAAAGAAAAGAAAAUGCUCCCAAUUAUGACAGUACGGCGUAACGUUUAUGUAUAUAACGCAAAUGUAAAUUAAAAGAUCCCAAAUAUACGAAGAUAUUUUCCGGUCGAAAAGAAGCACUUUGCUUUGUCACUGGAAUGAGAUGGAAUUUGGGAAUUUCCGUAGAGGUAUUCCGUAUUUCUGUCCGCGCUAUCUAUUAGUUUAUUAUAUAAAAGCCUUGCACGUGGAAUAACGAUAAUAAAUCGAUAGAUACUAUAUGUUUGAGCUAUUCAAAAGCAAAAUUAUUUCUUAUGAAAUUAUGAGUGAUAUUGGUUAAUAACUUAAAAUAUGGAAUAUCGCUACAAGAUGAUGCCUGAUUUUACAGAUUUUACCUCCCGGUCAUUCGUUAAAUUUUUUCUCACAUAUAUUAAUUCUUAUCUUUAAUUGCAUUGUGUUAUCGCAAUCAGAAGUUUGAGUUCUGAUACUUUUAUAUGUUUUGUAAACGGAUUGUGUUUCAUAAAUCUCGACUUGCGUCAGUUUUA